AUGUCGCCCCCUCCGGCUGCGGCGGAAUGUGAUAAGGGGUGCUUGUCUACCACCUCUGCCGCCUCGACACCAUCCUCCUCGGCCGCCUCUAAAUCAUCUUCCUCGGCCGCCUCUACACCAUCCACCUCGUCCAUCUCUACGCCACCCACCGUGAAUGCCACCAAUGUGACCUCUCACGGUCCUUUCACGGGUCCACCAGCCACAACCACAGGCGCAAUAUCGACCAGCAUACUCGCCUCGUCGAUACCAGCAUUGCCCCCUGCCCCAGGUGCCUUUGCUUAUCCAGCGAAUGGUAAACUCAACGCGACCCAGCCGGCGCCAUACACGCCUGCUGGCGGCCUGGGCACGAACGGCUCCGCCCCUGUCUACCGCCCCCUGUCGGACUUCGACUUCCAGUCCGUCGCACUGGCUCUUUACCAAGAAUGGAUCGAGCUGGACUUGUUCCACUGGGGCCUCGCAACGUUCUCGGCCCAAGAAUUCGCGGCCGCGGGCCUGACGGCUGAGGAUCGCUUCCUCAUCCAGUUCAUGGCGGAGCAAGAACUCGGGCACGCAACAGUUCUCACCAACAUGCUCGGCCCCGCGGCGCCGGUGCAGUGCACGUACAACUACCCCAUAUCCAACGUGCGCGAGUUCAUCGACUUCUGCCAGAAGCUCACUCGCUGGGGCGAGUCGGGCGUGUACGGCUUCAUCCAGCACCUGGACGCGCGCGACAUGGCGCAGAUCCUGCAGCAGUCCAUCUCGACCGAGGCGCGCCAGCAGAUGAUCUUCCGCCAGUUCGAGGGCCUGUUCCCCAUGCCCGUGUGGUUCGAGAUUGGCACCCCGCAGUCCUGGGCCUGGACCCUCCUGUCGCCCUACAUCUCAUCGUGCCCCCGCAAUCAGACCCGCCUGAUCUGGCAGAACUUCCCGGCCCUGUACAUCAUCAACCAGCCCAACCCGGCCCGCAUCAACGGCUCGGCCGCGGUCAACGAGACCACGGGCGGCUACGCCAACGCCCUCAACACGACCGGCGUCCCGCGGGCCGACGACUGCUUCCUGGGCGUCAACUCGUCGGCCGUGGGGCGCACCUGCGCGCCGGGCAUCACGCGCAACCGGUCGGAGCCGCUGUCGCAGCCCGGCAGGCUCGUGAACCUACGGUGGGACGCGCCCGGCAAGCCCGUGGGGCCCAACAACAGCUACGUGACCGACACGACGGCGGGGAAGCCGCGGUUCGCGCUGUGGGUCACGCAGCUGAACGCCACGUACACGCCGCUGCUUAACGUCAGCGGGAACCAGGCCUCCACGGUGCAGCCAGACCUGGAGACGUUCGCGGGGGACCCGGCCGUGAACGGGACCAUCUUCUUGGCGAUUACGGAUGAUGAUCUGUUUGUUACGCCGUUCAACCUGAGCAUGGUUAAUCCGCGUGUCAAUGCGCUGGCCAUCUAUCAGGCUGGUUGAGGCUGGGUAAGGGGGUUUGUGUGUGUGUCUCAGAGAGGCAACAAGGGAGAUCUCUGUGGGAAAUGUGACUGUUGGAUAGAAAUAUGAUAAUCUGGUGUAAGGGUAUUGAUAUCGAGCAACAGCCAUCCCCUCUUUUCAUUGUCAGCUGCGAGGCUAUUGCGAAGCCCCGUGCGACUUGUCAUACUUAGAUAGCCACAACACAUUGUUUCCCUGGAAACGGGCCCCAUACAAAGCCAUUCUAUCUUUAAGUUGAAACGACAGCCAGGGCUCAAACAAAGUCCCAGUAGCCACGCCGCCCGGCCUCUCAGCCUCCAGCUUUGUCGCACCCCGACUCCGACUGUAUCUCUGUGCGCUAGUCAGGAUGGACCU